AUGAUCGCCAAACCCGAGACUCCUCCACCGCAACUCACAUAUGCAAAGCGUACUCGCCAUUCACUGCCUGCCUCUUGGAUGAGGUCCGGCACCUCCAAAGGCCUCUUCAUCAAUCGAAGUCACCUUCCAGACUCAAUAGAAGCAUGGACGCCUUGGAUCCUUGCGGCUAUGGGUUCUAAAUGCGAGGAUCCUCGACAGCUUGACGGGAUUGGGGGAGCAACUUCGACAACGUCCAAAGUCGCCGUGGUUGCAAAGUCGAACAAGCCAGGGGUAGACGUCGAAUAUACCUUUGCACAGGUUGCCGUGGGAAAGGAGAAAGUGGACUACAGCGGAAAUUGCGGGAAUAUGGCCAGUGGAGUUGGACCUUUUGCUCUGGAAGAAGGGCUCGUCAAAGCAAAACCAGGGCAGACUCAUAUUGAUGUUCGCGUACUGAACACCAACACCGGCCGGACCCUAGUCGAGACAGUCGCCGUGGACGAGGACGGUUGCUUCCGUGACUAUGGCGACUACCAAAUGGCAGGGGUCAAGGGCACCGGCAGUGAAAUCAAGGUGGCCUUUGUAGAGCCGGCGGGAUCGAUGACAGGCAAACUCUAUCCCACCGGAAAUCCAGAAGACACCAUCGUGAUCGACGCGCCACGGAACGGCGAUGGCCCCUUUUCGGUUCAAGCCACACUCAUCGACGUCGCCAACCCGUUCGCCAUCGUCGAUGCUUUGACCGUCCCCUCACGAUAUGUGCAAGGAUCACCCGAGUGGCUGACCAUGGUUGAGGACAUCCGACAGAAGGCGGCAGUGAUGAUGCGUUUGGCCCCAAGUGUGGAGCAAGCGGCUCUGACUCGAGGAACACCCAAGAUCAUGUUCGUGUCACCGCCGAACGACGGCAACCCGCUCAGCACAAGCCCGGACAUCAACGUGCUCGCCAUGAGUAUGGGCCAAAUACACCCCAGCCUGCAACUCACCGGCGCCGUAUGUCUGGCAUCGGCGGCGUGUCUUAAGGGUACAGUUGCGUACAGAUAUCGGAGAAGGGAAUUCCCUGAAGUGUUGAGUGGCUACGACAGCUCCGACAACUCCGACAGUGACACCGAGCCCAGCAAAACUGUCCGGAUCAGCCAUCGAAGCGGAGAGAUAUCUGUCGGCGUUCACACCUGUGGAGACCGGCAGGUUGAGAAGUGUAUUGUGUCGAGAACAGCUCGAAAACUGUUUGAAGGAAAUGUCUUGUUUUAUGUGUAG